ACUCUUGUAUACAACCGGGCGGAACUCAAACUCCGAUUCAAAUUGAUUAAACAACACGACGCCUUAAAUCUUACACCAAAUUGCACAUUCCUGGCUCACGCGGCUUCCGGGCCUUUUUUAACGCCUACAGAGAUAUAUUAUUUGCUCUCAGUCGGAUUCGAUUACCUGAUCGGCUACAAUAUUUUGUGCAUAUAUUUUGCUGUAGUUUGCUGAAAAGUUCUGCUGCUCUGAAUCUAUCGUUCGUUUCGAUCCUUGAGAAUGUCGUGGCAGGCGUAUGUAGAUGACCACUUGAUGUGCGAUCUGGGGCGGGGGAAUCGCCUGUCUGCAGCUGCGAUCAUCGGCCACGAUGGGAGCGUGUGGGCUCAGAGCGACACAUUCCCAGCGAUCAAGCCCGAGGAGGUUACUGGGAUAAUGAAUGACUUUGCGGAACCUGGGUCCCUGGCACCCACAGGACUUUACAUUGGUGGAACAAAGUAUAUGGUUAUCCAAGGCGAGCCUGGAGCCGUCAUCAGAGGAAAGAAAGGAUCUGCAGGUGUGACCAUUAAGAAGACAACCUGUGCCCUUAUCUUUGGCAUGUAUGAUGAACCUGUUACUGCUGGUGAAUGUAAUAUGAUUGUGGAGAGGCUUGGUGACUAUCUUAUUGACCAGGGUAUUUAAUUGCCAUUUACUCAGCUAUGGUGUUGGAUGGGGAUUUUACUGCUCUAUGUAUUAGGACUUUGUCAAUUGAGUAAUCCUUGUUUCUAUACUUAUUUGUAAUUGUGCCCAAGCCAAGUUAGUGAGUACUGAUAAGUAAGUAAAUAUUCUGUAGAGAGAUGUUUGGUGUGCAAAACAUUGUUGAGAUGCUGCAUCCACUUUCCUUGUUCCAUGCUCCUUCCUCUGUUUGAGGAUUCUGAUUUCUAAGUGAAAGAUAUUUAAAUUUGCCAUUC